AUGCGAGUAUUUCACAAUGUUUCUUUGCAAUUACUGUUGCUUGUAUUUGCAGGCCUAGUUCGUUCGUUUCAAUUUACGAACACGGCCUUUAAUCCCGUAUUAGGACAGCAAUUUACGAUCACUUGGGUUGAUUCAACCGGCUCCAUUACUCUCCAUCUAGCACCCGUUCAAUAUUAUAAUGAAAGUGUUUCGCUAGCCAGCGCGGUACCAAUAGGAGUUGCAACAUCGGGAAAUUCAUUAACUUGGACUCCGGAUAACUCACUUCGAGCUGGAGUUUAUAAGAUAUAUUGGGUUUCUUCAGAUAACACGCAACCUGAAGUAGACAGUCCGACAUUCACGCUCGGUCAAAAAUCUGCUGGGUCUUCUACCAGUACAAGCAGUGCAAACAACAGUCAGGAUACUUCCACCGGCGCGAGCUCAACCAGUUCACCUACUGAGGUAACUGAUCCCACUGCAGCGAAGGGUGGAGCAGCCUCAGCUUCAACUUCACCAAUGGGCACUCAGCCCGCAUCGAAUUCCUCUGAUUCCCUCACAAACACCAUAAAAAUCAGCAUUUCGGUCAGCAUAAUCCUCGGCGUAACACUCUUUAUGGCCAUUGCCUUUAUACUCAUCCGGCGUCGUCGCUAUCUAGCAUCCACGCCUCAAACAAAGAGACAACUCACCACGAAAGAAAUUGCAGAUGAUAAUGAUUCGUGGGAUGGAGAACGUCAGUUUAAACCCCAACUGCCCACUGAGUCAGAGGCUGCGACGAGAUCCUAUGUUGAUCUGGCGAAGAAGAAACAUGUGAGUGUCAAUGUGGAGCCAGUGGAGAUGGAUGCGUAUUCUGUUGUGAGGGAUACGAAAAGUGGGAAUAGGAUAGAUGAGCGGAACGAAAGACGGAAGACGAGAGAAAUGGAUAUAGGAUUGGGAUUAGGACUAGGCGAUGUAGAAGAGUUGGUUGAACCACGAGAAUUGGAUGUAGGGAAUUCUGGGACGGUCUAUGGGGAAGGAAAGAUUGGUCAUCGGUUUAAUGUACGUGAUAAUGUUAAUAUUAUUGGAAUUUGA